ACCACUUUUAGACUAGACAUAAUAUCGAAAAAUAAAGUUGACCUUUGUACCCCAGUGUGUUAAAGAGCAGAGGAUGGGAAGACAUGGAAAGAAUGCUACAGCUUCUGCUGUGUACAGCUAUCAUGAGAGAAGGAAGGACACAGCUGAAGGUCAAUAUGGCAGUCAGUCCCUGAGGCUGGGGAAGGACUCCAUUAAGGACUUUGACUGUUGUAACCUAACUCUCCAACCUUGCAAGAACCCUGUUUUAACAACGGAUGGCUACUUGUAUGACAAAGAGGCCAUUCUCGAGUGUCUCCUACACCAAAAGAGAGAUAAUGCUCGGAGAAUGAAAGAAUACGAGAAGCAGAAACAAAAACACGAGAAUAAAGAAAUUGAAGACGGAAUGGCCGACACUCGUUCAAAGAUAGCCAAGUUUUUCUCUGCUGAGAAGAGUAUUGUCUCCAAACCAAUCAACCCCUUCAGUCAGAAGACCAAGUCAGAGGCCACUCCCGGGACUAAUGUGUCGAGUGAGGAGCAGAGAUCUAAACUGCCCAGUUUCUGGAUACCUUCUCUCACACCUGACUCCACCCCUACUGAGAUCAAGAAACCAGACAACAAGACCUACUGCCCCAUGAGUGGAGCACAGUUGAGAGUGAAAGACCUCAUCUCCAUCAACUUCACCCCCAUAGCCGACAGAGACAGCAAAACAUCUCUCAUCGUCAAAAAGGCCAGAUACAUGUGUCCUGUAACAUACGAUGCUUUAGGAAACUCUGUUCCUUGUGCUGUACUCAAAACGACUGGUGAUGUAGUGACGAUGGAAUGUGUGGAGAAGCUGAUUCGAAAGAAUGACAUGCUCUGUCCCCUCUCAGGCAAAAAACUCAAGGAGAGUGACAUCAUCACUCUAGUCAGGGGUGGUACUGGAUAUGCUGCGUCUGGUGUAACGCUAAAAGCAACCAAGGCUGGAGCCGCAAUCAUGGCAUAGAACUGACAUUUUCCAUUGCAUAUUAUGUACUUCUCUUGCAUUUACUUCUCUUUUACAUGUGAACCUGCUAGUUUUCGAAGCAAUUGACCUUG